ACCCUUCCUGACCACAUCGUGGUGCGGAUACUCCUCCAUCUUGACCUUGCAGACCGUUACAAUGCAUCAUUGGUUUGUCAUUCAUGGCAGUCAUGCUUUCACCAGCCCUGCAUGUGGCGCUACUUCCACUUCCGCUUCCUGUCCACUGUGAACCCCAGAAGGGACCACAUAUGGGGCUACAACCAGUGCUUAGCCAAGCAUGGGCACCACUUGCGAUGUGUAAGGCUCUCAUUAGAUCAGGGUGACGAGGAGAAUCGACACCAUGCUUGUCGUGUGAUUGAGUCACUGGCUACUACAGCAGGUCGUCAGCUAGCAGCCAUCAGUGUCACAUUUACUGGGGAGAACCCGUUAUUCUAUGCAGGAGCUGAAUUUGUGGCUGCUUUGAAGACAUUAUUUGGUCCAACUCCACCUACAAUAAAUAUGCCACUGUCACAAAUAUUACAGGUGGACUUGAGCGGUCUGUCUGUGCCCUAUGAUGACUCAGUUUUUACAAUUCUAGCUGAUAACAACCCAAACUUGAAAUCAUUAAACAUUCUCAAUAGAAUUUUGAUUUGCAAGGCGAGUCCUUCUUCAAUGCUACAUCUUGUUAAGAAGUGCAGGAACCUCACAGAGCUAAUGGCUUACCAUUGUAGUCUAUCAGACGAUAUCCUUGCAUGCUUUGCUGAAACUGACAGAACCCCUGUGGAACAUCUGGGUAUUGUGUGUAGAAGGGAGGAAAAGUACAGUAAGACACUCACAUCUAAGGUGUGGCAGGAUCUGGUGAGUGCUGUGCCUAACCUCAGGGUCAGUCUGGGGUUUGACCACACUUGUCCACUUAACCGUGUGGGAGAACUCAUGCAGCCAGAGAUCCCAGUUAGAGAACUCAGACUGGAAACUUUCACAAGGAUCUUUGAGGAGGUGAACCUUGCCGCAGCUUACUACAGUCCAACCCUGGAGAAACUUGUCCUGCAGACUAGAAAUUCUGAUGACCUUGGAGCAGCACUCCUCAACUUAGCACAGACAUGCAAAUUGCUGAAAUCCAUAUAUGUAUAUUGUGUCCUUAAGAAGGAGGUUGUGGAAGGCAUUUUGGCCUCCUCAUCUCUGAUUAAGGAAACAAAAGACUACAUACUAAAGUGGGAAGCUGACCCCGAGCCCUGGGUUGUAGGAGUAGAGGAAGGUGAUUAAAGUUAUUUGCUGAUAGAAUUAAAAGAGGUUAAGAAAAGGGGUCAUAGGUCAUAGGGUGGAAAAAAUGGAAUUGGAGUAGAUGUCACAGAUUGUAGAGAAGAGGCAAAAGGGUCAUGGGGUAGACUGUAGAGAAAUAAAACAAGUGAGGGGUCAUGUGAUGUGGGGUAGAGGAAUGGGAUAAGGAUAGAGGUCGUGUGUUGUGGGGUAGAGGAAUGGGAUGAUAGAGGUCAUGUGUUGUGGGGUAGAGGAAUGGGAUAAGGAUGGAGGUUGUGUGUUGUGGGGUAGAGGAAUGGGAUAAGGAUAGAGGUCGUGUGUUGUGGGGUAGAGGAAUGGGAUGAUAGAGGUCAUGUGUUGUGGGGUAGAGGAAUGGGAUAAGGAUGGAGGUUGUGUGUUGUGGGGUAGAGGAAUGGGAUAAGGAUAGAGGUCGUGUGUUGUGGGGUAGAGGAAUGGGAUGAUAGAGGUCAUGUGUUGUGGGGUAGAGGAAUGGGAUAAGGAUGGAGGUCGUGUGAUGUGGGGUAGAGGAAUGGGAUAAGGAUGGAGGUCGUGUGAUGUGGGGUAGAGGAAUGGGAUAAGGAUAGAGGUCGUGUGUUGUGGGGUAGAGGAAUGGGAUGAUAGAGGUCAUGUGUUGUGGGGUAGAGGAAUGGGAUAAGGAUAGAGGUCGUGUGUUGUGGGGUAGAGGAAUGGGUUAAGGAUGGAGGUCGUGUGUUGUGGGGUAGAGGAAUGGGUUAAGGAUGGAGGUCGUGUGUUGUGGGGUAGAGGAAUGGGUUAAGGAUGGAGGUCGUGUGUUGUGGGGUAGAGGAAUGGGUUAAGGAUGGAGGUCGUGUGUUGUGGGGUAGAGGAAUGGGAUAAGGAUAGAGGUCGUGUGUUAUGGGGUAGAGGAAUGGGUUAAGGAUGGAGGUCGUGUGAUGUGGGGUAGAGGAAUGGGAUAAGGAUAGAGGUCAUGUGUUGUGGGGUAGAGGAAUGGGAUAAGGAUAGAGGUCAUGUGUUGUGGGGUAGAGGAAUGGGAUGAUAGAGGUCAUGUGUUUGUGGGGUAGAGGAAUGGGAUAAGGACAGAGGUUGUGUGUUGCAUUGUGGGGUAGAGGAAUGGGAUAAGGAUUGGGGUCGUGUGAUGUGGGGUAGAGAAACCAGAAAAAAUAAAUAUAACAGGUGUCAUCAUAUCAAUCAAAUUUAUCAGGUUACUAAGAAGGAGCGCUUUUUGUGAAUCACUUUUUAGAAAUUGAUUAUUCAGCAAAAAAAAGGGCUAUUUUGGGUAGGGGCUUAUUUGCAGAUAAGUAGAGUAAGAAUGUUUAUAUAUUGUUAAAAAUGUCCUGAUGGUGAAUUUUUACAUACAAGUUAACAAUAUCAUUGUAAGCAAUGACUGCUGUCUUCCCAAGAAUGUUUUCUACAUAUUAACUUAAAGCUAUACACUUACUGUUUUAUAGAUUUUACAUUAUUGUUGCAUAUAAAGUACAUGUUUUUAUUUGUAUUGAGCGAUAUGCUAUGUUUACACUAUCCUAUAGCAAUAUUUGGUGCUAAAUGAUUCAUCUGUGAUCAUGCUGUAACUAUGUAGGAUAUACAAAUAAAAUGGCUUGCUGUGGAUCAUGAAA